GUCUUCUCCAAUCUCAGCUCUGUCAUGUGUGUGGAGGGGGAAACUGGCAGUGGGAAGACAACCUUCCUGAAGAGGAUAGCUUUUCUCUGGGCAUCAGGAUGCUGCCCCCUGUUGAACAGGUUCCAGCUGGUCUUCUACCUCUCCCUUAGGUCCAUCACAGCAGACCAGGGACUGGCCAGCAUCAUCUGUGCCCANCUCCUAGGGGCAGGAGGCUGCAUUAGUGAAGUGUGUCUGAGCAUCCUCAUCCAGCAGUUACAACANCAGGUGCUGUUGCUGUUGGAUGACUACAGUGGGCUGGCCUCACUCCCCCANGCCCUACACACACUGAUUACAAAAAACUACUUGUCACAGACCUGCUUAUUGAUCGCUGUGCAUACAAACAGGGUCAGGGGCAUCCGCCCAUACCUAGAUACAAUUUUAGAGAUCAAAGAGUUUCCCUUCUAUAAUACUGUCUAUAUAUUAAAGAAGUUUUUCUCCCAUAAUAUGACACGUCUACUAGAGUUUAUGGUUUACUUUGGACUGAAUGAAGACUUACAGGGAAUUCACAAGACCCCCCUCUUUGUGGCAGCAGUAUGUACUGACUGGUUUGAAAAUCCAUCUGACCAGUCCUUUCAGGAUGUGGCACUUUUCAAGGCCUACAUGCAGUACCUGUCCUCAAUGCNCAAAGCUGCAGCUGAGCCUCUCCAGGCCACCGUGUCCUCAUGUGGGCAGCUGGCCUUGACAGGGCUUUUCUCAUCGUGCUUUGAGUUCAAUAGUGAUGACCUGGCAGAAGCAGGAGUUGAUGAAGAUGAAGAGCUCACUACCUGCUUGAUGAGCAAAUUCACUGCCCAGCGACUGAGGCCAGUCUACCGGUUUUUAGGUCCUCUGUUCCAGGAGUUUCUUGCUGCCAUGAGGCUGACUGAACUUCUGGGUUCAGAUAGGCAGGAAGACCAAGAUCUGGGACUUUAUUAUUUGAGACAAAUUAACUCACCCUUUAAGGCUAUCACCACCUACAACAAUUUUUUAAAGUAUAUCUUUAGCCAUCCUUCCUCAAAGGCAGGGCCAAAAGUUGUAUCUCAUUUGCUUCACUUGGUGGAUGAGAAAGACUUGCUGGAGAAUAGGUAUGAAAAUGAGGAUUAUGUAAAUAAUCCUCCAGAAACUUGCAGAAUAAUGAAGGCAGUUAAGGAACUGUGGCUGUUAUCUCCUGAAUCUUUCUCUUCAUUAGUUUCAGAACAUUUAUUGAGCACUGCUCUAAACUUUGCUUAUGAAACCAACACGGUUGCUGAAUGUUCUCCAUUUAUUUUGCAGUUCCUAAGAGGGAGAACCCUGGGUUUAAACGUACUAAAUUUACAGUACUUUAGGGACCACCCAGAAAGCCUGUUACUGGUGAAGAGUUUAGAAGUCUCCAUAAAUGGAAAUAAAGAGCCAACAGUUGUAGAUUAUUCAGUCAUGGAAAAAAAAUUUGAAACAUUACAGCCACCAACUAUAGAUCAGGACUAUUCAUCUGCCUUUGAAAAAAUGAAGGAUUGGGCAAAAAAUGUAUCUGAACAUGAAGAGAACGUAAGGAGUUUUAUGAAAAUCCAGCACUUUAAUCCACUCAAACUAAGCUCUGGCUACUGGAAACUAUCCCCCAAGCCAUACAAGAUCCCUAGGCUGGAAGUUGGAGUGGGUAGCAUGGGUCCAGCAGACCAAUCACUGCUCCAGGUCCUCAUGGAAGCCUUCUCAGCUUCACAGAGUAUUGAGUUCCGUUUAUUCAACAGCAGUGGCUUUCUUGAAAGCAUCCGCCCAGCUCUGGGGCUGAGUAAGACCUCUGUCACCAAGUGCUCCAUGUCCAGGCUGGAGCUCAGUGGAGCAGAACAGGAGCUGCUUCUCAGCCUGCCUGCCCUGCAGUCUCUUGAGGUCUCAGAGACAAACCAGUUACCAGAUCAGCUCUUUCCUAACUUGCACAAGUUCCUGGGCCUGAAAGAACUGUGUGUGAGACUAGAUGGCAAACUGAAUGUGCUCUCAGUCCUUCCUGAAGAGUUCCCAAACCUCCACCACAUGGAGAAGUUAUCCAUCCAAACCUCCAUGGAGUUUGACCUCUCCAAACUAGUUAAAUUGAUUCAGAACUCUUCAAAUCUCCAUGUUUUCCAUCUGAAAUGUAAUUUCCUUUCGAAUUGUGACUCUCUCAUGGCUGUGCUUGCUUCCUGCAAGAAACUCAGAGAGAUUGAGUUUUCUGGACAAUGCUUUGAAGCCAUGCCCUUUGUCAACAUUUUGACAAAUUUUGUUUCUCUGAAGAUACUGAAUCUUAAAGACCAACAUUUCCCAGAUAAGGAAACAUCAGAAAAGUUUGCCCAGGCUCUGGGUUCUCUCAGGAACCUGGAGGAACUGCUUGUUCCCACUGGGGACGGGAUUCACCAAGUGGCCAAACUGAUUGUCCGGCAGUGUCUGCAGCUUCCGUGUCUCCGCGUUCUUGUCAUUCACUAUAUCUUGGACGAUGACAGUGUGAUUGAAAUUGCCAGGGUGGCAAUCAGAGGAGGUUUCCAGAAACUUGAGAACUUAAAUAUUUCCAUGAAUCACAAGAUUACCGAGGAAGGAUACAGAAAAUUCUUUCAAGCCCUGGACAACCUGCCAAACCUGCAAGAGCUGCAUUUCUGCAGGCAUAUCCCAGAAUGCAUUCAAGUUCAGGCCACAACUGUCAAGGCUCUGGGUCAGUGUGUGUCCCGACUGCCCAGCCUCAUCAGACUGCACAUGCUCAGUUGGCUCCUGGAUGAAGAGGACAUGAAAGUGAUUAAUGAUGUGAAGGAGAGACACCCUCAGUCCAAACGCUUGAUUAUCUUCUGGAAAUUGAUAGUCCCAUUCUCUCCUAUUGUCCUGGAGUAA